UCUUUUUCUUUUCUUCUAGUCUUGUUUACCCACUCUCUUCUUUUUUUUUAAAGCACUAUUCAAGGCUAUUUACACCCAAACAAAAAGGGGGAAAGGAAUACAUAGAUAAAAAGCACAAUCUUUGUACUUUAUCUAUCGAUAUAUAUAUACAAUUGUAUAUCAUUAUAUAUCAACAUUUUUCUUACCAUUAUACCACACAUAUGAAUACCUUGGAAGCAAAAGUUGUAAUUUUAGGAAGAACAGGUGUUGGAAAAACAUCAGUAGCACUUAGAUAUGUAAAAAACACCUUUUCACCUAAUGGAAGUUCAACCAUUGGUGCAGCAUUCAUGGCCAAGAAACUAACAGUGGAUGAUUGUAGUGUGAGAUUACAAAUAUGGGAUACUGCUGGACAAGAACGAUUUAGAUCAAUGGCACCCAUGUAUUAUCGAGGAGCAUCAGCAGCUAUUUUAGUCUAUGAUAUUACUUCUGAAGAGAGUUUUACAGAAUUAAUGUCAUGGAUGGAAGAAUUGAAGAAGAAUAUGUCUGAAAAUCUAUUGAUUCAUAUUGUUGGUAACAAGAUUGAUUUAGAAUCAGAACGCAAAGUGCCAUUUUCUAAAGUGGUUCAUUAUUGCAAACAAACCACUGUGAUAAAUGGUGUUCACGAAGUAUCAGCCAAGCAUGACCAUGGAGCUAUUGAAGAUAUCUUUUAUGAUAUUACACAAUCCUUGGUUAAAAAUCUAUAUGACCAAGAUUUGUAUAGAACAAUCACUUCUGAUAAUUUAUAUCGACAAGGCACCAAUAUCAAUGACAAACAAGCUGAGAAAUCAAGUUGCUGUUAAUAAGCGUGUUUAUUUUAUAUAUAAUACAAAACAUUUUUAU